UUCCCGCCGUCCCGGUCCCCGCGUGACGCAGUUUCCGCUUCCGGCCCGCAGCGGAAGAGCCGGCUCCGCCAUGGCCUCAAGGUUACUGCGGGUGAGCGCGGCCCUGCGGCUUCUGCCCGGCGCCUCCGCCCGCGCCGCGCCCGCCCGAUGCCUCGGCGUGCCGGGGAGCCUCGCCACGGAUGAGGAACAGGCGACCGGGCUGGAGAGGAAGGUCAUGGAGGCCAUGAACAAGGGCCUGGACCCCUACAGCAUGUUCCGGCCCAAGCGCUACGCAGGCACCAAGGAGGACCCCAACCUUGUGCCCUCCAUCACCAACAAACGCAUCGUGGGCUGUGUCUGUGAGGAGGACAACAGCUGCGUGGUUUGGUUCUGGCUGCACCAGGGCGAGGCCCAGCGCUGCCCCUCCUGUGGGGCCCACUACAAGCUGAUCCCCCACGAGCUGCCCCACUGAGGAGGGGCUGUGGGACCCCCCCGGGGCCCUGCUGAGCCCCCCCUGCACCUGAGCCCCAGAUAAAGAGAUGAUGUGGA